AAGCUACACAACAAAGGGAAGACUUAUGCUUUAUUUAAGGUAUUUGUACUGCUUAACUUUAACGAGAGAAAAUACUUCACAGAUGAAGACUAACCGAUGAGUGUUCCUAAAGUAUCUCGGAUAUUUCACCCCCAGUCCCGAUAAACAACAGCACCUGAUUAUGGAGGAAAAUGAGAUGGAGAUGAGCAAAGAGGAGCUCCGAAAGUGGAUCAGAGAGAAGGUAAAGAAGAACACGCUGAUUUCCACAGAGGUGCUAGAGAAAUGCAAUCUGCUGCAAUCUCUGCUGGAAAGGAAAGAGAAACAGGCUGCCCACCUCAUGACGCUUUUUGAGUCUGUGGCAGCAUGUGAAGCGAUUGUGAAGAAACAGUACUCUUUUCUGGGGUGGGAGUACAGAGAAACAGAUUCUGAUGAUGACGAUAAUAUAACAGGCUAUGGAAAUACACCUCCAUCCCCAUGUAAGUUUGUUCAUGCUCAAGCACUCUGCCCUUCAACUACGAAUGGCCCUACUCGUCUGUUACCAAAGCUUCAGGACAGUGAGAACCUCAAUAGAGAUAAUGGCAAAAACGCCUCUGUCCGUCUAAAGAAACUAGUGGUGGUCCUGACCAGACUUUCUACAAGUAAGAUCAAGUCUUUAAUAUGUCCACCAACGCUUCAGAGUGAAAAUUCUGAUGCGCAGGCAGAACCAGAAGAAACGCCUCAGAAUCACUGCAGUGAAGAAGAACCCUCAAACAAUGCGGAUUCUGAUAUGCAGGUGGAACCAGAAGAAGCGCCUCAGGAUCACUACAGCAAAGAAGAAUCCUCAAACAAUGCAGAUUCUUAUACGCAGUGGGAACCAGAAGAAUCGCCUCAGAAUCACUGCAGUGAAGAAGAAACCUCAAACAAUUCUGAUGCACAGUGGGAACCCGAAGAUGAUUCCAGUGAUUCAGAUAUUUCUUUCUCAAGUCACAAUACUGGGUCAAACAAGAGGAGAAAAAUAGAUCGAAAGAAUAAUAAACUUGCUAAGAGACAUGCAUCACCCCAAAGCAGCACAAAUAGCAACCCUAAGGGCAACGUAACGAAAACAUCAACGCCCCAAACCAACAAAAAUACAAACCCUAAGGGCAACGUAACGAAAACAUCAACGCCCCAAACCAACAAAAAUACAAACCCUAAGGGCAACGUGACGAAAACAUCAACACCCCAAGCCAACGCUAAGAACAACGUAACGAAAACAUCACCACUGCCAACAAAAACCAAUGGAGUAACCCCUGUGAGCACCGUAUCAGCUCUUUCCCAAUCCUCUGAUGGAGCCACCAAGGUCACUCCGAACGUGCUGCUACAGGAGAUCCGUGUGAAUAUGAAUGUCCUGGCCAGAAAGUCGUCCAUGAGCUGGAAACAGGGGAAAGUCAUAGAAAUAGUAACAAAGGAAGAUGGUAGGGUGAAAUAUAAGAUCAGUUUUGACGAGAAAGGAAAGAGCCUAGUCUCUGGUCACCACAUCGCAUUUGACUGCUUGCCAAAGGCAGAGCAGCUGUUUGUCGGUGCUCGUAUGGUUGUCAAGUGUCCGGGUGACAAGCCCGACAAGCCCAAAUUCUGCCCUUGUAUCCUGGCAGAGCUCCCCAGCAGGAAAAACCGCAUGAGGUUCCUGGUCUUUGUUGAUGAUCACAGGCCCUUCUAUGUUGGCUUACCUCUACUUCACCUGGUGUGCAGACCGUUGGAGGAGCCUUUGGACGAUAUUCAGGAUGACACCCACAAGAAUUUCCUCAAGGAGUAUAUAAGAUCCUGGCCUUACCCGCCCCAAACGCAGUACAAGAUUGGACAGAUAAUAAAUGCAAAAUUGAAUGGAUCCCAGCAGAGGUGUGAGGUGCUAGCGGUUGACUGCAGCCUGAUACAGGUUGCUUUUGAGAAAGAUCAACAUAAGGAGUGGAUCUACCGAGGCUCCUUACGCUUGGAACACAUGAUUAAUAUGAUGGAGAACCUGGAGAUGAAAAAGGAUUAGGGUCAGAAGGAGUCAAUGAUCAUAAAUGUGUCAAGAGAACUGGAUGCUGUGUUCCAAGGUGACGCCCCAUGCAUUGAGUCAAGGACAUAGACUAAAAAUCUUUUUCUCAGGCUUCCUAAGGCUUCUGUUUCGGCCUAUAGUUUACCCACACCUGACUGAGAACUGUCACAGACAGUCCACCCGCACGUUUUCCUUUGGCCAAGCUGGUUGAGAACAUGGAUGUUACAGCGGUAUCCCAAUAGCCAAUAUGGCUGUUCUUGCAAAUUCUGUCUGCAUUGCUGUUCCUGGGGGCUGGGACCACAUACUGCUCAAGGUUUUAACUUGUUUUAAUAGAAUCUGAAAACUGUUGUUUUUAAGUGUUUUGUGUUAUAAAUUUUGCAUUCUUAAAUAAAACUAUUUCUUAUUUUCUUUGAGCUUAUU